UGUUUCUGAGCCGAUUUCUGCUGGCACCAAUCUCGCGUCUUCCCAGCGGCGCUGCAGCCGCUCUCGGACGCAGUGCUGCGACGCUGGCGACCCAUCCAAACCCCAUGUGGAAGCGGACUGCCAUCCAAGGCACGGGCGUCGGUGUCAAGUUCACCGCCACAGCAGACAAGCACACUGUUGUGACGGACGAGCCGGUCAAGUUGGGUGGAACGGAUUCAGCGACAACGCCAUUGCAUACACUGCUGGUCGCACUUUGUGGAUGUGAACAGGCCACCGCUGCAUUCAUCUCAAAGAAGCUUGGAUUUACAAUCGAUUCCAUUGACAUGCAGAUCGAAGGCGAGCUGGACGUUCGAGGUAUUAUUGGUGUCGAAAGUGUUCCGGCGCGCUUCCAAACCGUGCGUGGAACGGCGCUUGUCAAGACGAGCGCGUCACAGGAGCAGAUUGAUGGCCUCAAGAAGGAAGUGAUGCUCAAGUGCCCCAUUGCCAAUCUGUUUACAGCAGCUGGUGUCAAGAUGGAGGUCGAGUGGCGAAAGGCAUGAUGGUGAGGAUGUUGAGGAUGCUGAUCGUGCAACAAGUACAACACAGUACAAAUAAAAAGUUCUGGUCUGCGGGGCGCCUGGUGUCUGAAACUUUGUGAACUAUUUACCACGCAAUACAUACAGCAUG